AUAUGCUGACAUCAGUUUGUUUACGUUUUCAUUAAUAAUAAGAUUUGUCUACAUCUUGCUGCUUAAACCCGAUUUACAGUCAAAACACCCGAUAUGGCAACCCUAAUCAAAGAUAUCAAACUGCCAGAAAAUGUAAUAAAAAAAAUCUUAUUUGAAAAACAUAUAGAUUUCAUAAAUGAAUAUGGCAAAGACAACAAUGAUUUCGAGUAUGGAAUGUCGGACUAUUUACGGGUUUCUGGCAUGUAUUGGGCUCUCACCUCAUUAGAGUUAAUGAAUGCUGAACCCCUACAAGGCAAAGACCCCAUUGUGGAGUAUUUGAAACAGUGCCAGGAUACAGAAAGUGGAGGAAUCAGUGCUUGUGUGGGUCAUGAUCCUCAUAUAUUACACACCCUCAGUGCUGUUCAAGUUUUAGCUAUGUAUGACAGGCUUGAUGCAAUAGAUACAGAAGGUGUAGUAAAAUAUGUCCAAAGCUUACAGCAGCCUGAUGGCAGUUUCUCAGGGGACAAAUGGGGAGAAAUAGAUACUAGAUUUUCAUUUUGUGCUGUAAUGACUUUAUCAUUGCUAAAAAGAAUGAAUGCAAUUGAUCUGGACAAAGCCAUACAGUUUGUGGAGAGUUGUAAAAACUUUGAUGGUGGUUUUGGCUCAAGACCUUUCUCUGAAAGCCAUUCUGGCCUAAUAUAUUGUUGCAUAGGGUUUUUUUCUAUUACCAAUCGAUUGGAUUUGGUAGACCGAGACACUUUAGCCUGGUGGCUUUGUGAGAGACAGCUACCAUCUGGAGGACUGAAUGGCAGGCCAGAAAAGUUACCAGAUGUAUGCUAUUCAUGGUGGAUACUUUCAUCUCUUACUAUCCUGGGCAGGUUACAUUGGAUUGAUGCAGAGUCUUUGAAAAACUUUAUUUAUGCUUGCCAGGAUACAGAAACUGGUGGUUUUUCUGAUAGGCCAGGAGAUGUAUCUGAUCCAUUUCAUACAGUAUUUGGAUUGGCUGCAUUAUCACUAUUGGGGCAUGAAAAUAUCCAAAAAGUAAAUCCCACUUAUUGUAUGCCACAACAUGUUAUUGAUAGAUUAGGACUUAAACCCCAAAUAUUAGAGAAUUAGUGUUUGUUAAUGAAGAUUCAGUUUUAAGUAUUAUAAGUAUGUGAGCAUUUAUUUUAAAAUAAUAUAUAAGUGUAAAUAUACUGGUCGCAUAACUUAGACAAUUAUAUAUACAAUUAAGUCUACAAUUUUAGGUGUUAAAUAAAACUUUGUAGAUUUGAUAUAGGUAUAUAAUGAUAAAUUUUAAUAAAUCAAGUUGCUUUACAAACA